GCUAGUUUAUCGCUCAUCGCUCUCAUGACUUGUAUUUCAGCUCUUCUUGUCCGAACUUGAUACAUAUUUUGUGAUCCAAACAAUGCCAUCAACGGCUAAUUUGUUAUCUGGUCAAAUUUUGCGAAAUUGAACUCAACCCGUGCUACUGCUACCAGUGCAGUUAAAAUUGUGAUCGUGUUCAUAUUCACAACGUCGCCGCAUUCCCGCUACGUUCGCGUGGUCCUCGCUAGAAGGGCUUAAAAUUUGUCAAACAAUCAUUUCAACACGCGACCCAGUUUAGUUCAAGCUGUAGGAGAUCUCACGAUGCACAAUACGGGCCCUGAAGGGGGUGCAAAUUGCCGCAUAGCCUCCAACGGCGCUCAUGAAGGGGAAAAAGUUGCGAUCCUAGAUGCUGGCGCUCAGUAUGGCAAACUAAUCGACCGCCGCAUCCGAGAACUAUGCGUAGAAACUGAGAUCCUCCCUCUAGACACCCCUGCCUUUACGCUCAAAGAAAAAGGCUACAGGGCUGUUAUCAUCUCAGGUGGCCCUAAUUCGGUGUACGCAGAAGAUGCUCCUAGAUAUGAUGCCGAUAUAUUUAGAAUAGGUGUUCCUGUUUUAGGUAUCUGUUAUGGAAUGCAGAUGAUGAAUAAAGAAUUUGGUGGAUCUGUAAUCCGGAAAGAUUGUAGAGAAGAUGGAGAGUAUAAAGUAGAAAUCGAUACUAGCUGUUUACUAUUUAAGGAUCUAAAGAAAAGUCAAAGUGUGUUACUUACUCAUGGAGACAGUAUAGAAAAAGUUGCUGAUAGCUUUAAAGCAGUUGCGUGGUCAAGUAAUUUUGUAACAGCUAUUGCUAGCGAUAAGCUGCGAUUGUAUGGUCUCCAGUUUCAUCCAGAGGUGGACCUUACAGAGAACGGACAGUUAAUUUUUAAAACAUUUUUGUUUGAUAUCGCUGGUGUCUCCGGUAAUUUCACACUGCAAGACCGACAGGAAGAGUGUAUAAAAUACAUUAGGAGCACUGUAGGGUCCAGCAAAGUUUUGUUGCUCCUGAGUGGUGGCGUUGACUCAACCGUUUGUGCGGCUCUCUUGCACAAAGCCCUCUCGCCGGACCAGAUCAUCGCAAUCCACAUCGAUAACGGCUUGAUGAGGAAGAACGAGUCAAAAAUGGUGGAGUCAAGCCUCUCGGCCUUAGGACUGAAGCUGCGCGUGAUUAAUGCUGGGUUCCAAUUCCUCCACGGGACAACAACAACGAUGCCGUUGGACAAGCGAGUGCCCUCACGCCUUCACGUCACCAAAAUGCUUUGCAUGACCAGUGACCCGGAAGAGAAGAGGAAGAUUAUCGGGGAUGUAUUCGUCUCAGUUGCCAAUGAUGUCAUCGAAGAGCUCAAACUGAAGCCGGAGGAGGUGUUCUUGGCACAAGGCACGCUUCGUCCCGACUUGAUAGAGUCUGCAUCGGCAACGGUUAGCAAUAAAGCUGCUGCGAUCAAGACCCAUCAUAAUGACAGUCCGCUCAUUCGAGAGCUAAGAGCUGCAGGUAGAGUAAUUGAGCCUCUUAGUGACUUUCACAAAGACGAAGUGAGAGUUCUUGGCAAGGAACUGGGUCUUAGUCAUGAUCUGGUUAUGCGACACCCUUUCCCUGGCCCUGGCCUUGCAAUCCGUGUGCUUUGUGGUGAAGAGCCGUUCAUGGAACGUGACUUCUCAGAGACACAGGUGAUAGUGAAAAUAAUUGUCGAGUACGACCAAAUGUUACAGAAGAAACAUGCGCUCUUGAACCGGAUCGAGAAUGCGACCGAUGAAAUUGAGCGAAGUAAGCUGCGAGAAGUCUCAAGGAAACAGCAUCUGGCAGCCACCGUUCUGCCAAUCAGAAGCGUUGGGGUACAAGGGGACUCCCGUUCUUAUAGUUACGUUGUAGGAAUAUCAAGUGAGAACGAGCCUGAUUGGGACGAUCUUAUGUUCCUGGCAAAACUUAUGCCUAGCAUCUGCCAAAACGUCAAUAGAGUAUGUUAUAUUUUCGGCGGCUUAGUUAAGGAUCCAGUCACAGAAAUCACACAUACGUUUCUGACAAGCAAUGUCUUGUCCACACUGCGGCAAGUUGAUGCAGUUGCGUUCCAUGUCCUCUCCUCGUCCAACUGUGUCGACAGCAUCAGCCAAAUGCCGGUUGUCUUGAUCCCAGUGCACUUUGACCGAGACGCAGCUUUGCGCAUCACAUCAUGCCAGCGCUCUGUCGUCCUUCGACCGUUUAUUACGAACGAUUUUAUGACGGGCACUCCUGCCUUGCCCGGUAAACACCUCCCAUUAGACGUAGUCUCCAAAAUGUACCAAGAAAUCAGUAGCGUCCAAGGUAUCUCGCGAGUUCUCUAUGACCUCACGACCAAACCUCCCGGCACCACGGAAUGGGAGUGAACCAAUCGAUUUUCUAAUUUCUUUUUCAAUGUAAUUUUUCCCAGGUUUACACGACUUUCUGGGCUCCAAUCUUAGCGUGAUUCCCUGUAAAGACCCAAAAAUCAAUGGGCUGCCCUCUUAAUAAAAUCGAAUUUCGAUCCCAACCUAUAGUGAAGUUGUUGAAUGAAAUAUUUCAUGUGGGUCAUGUUUUUAAACUGCCGUUUAUCUACUUUAGGAAGCUCUUUAUUUUACUGUGUACAAAGAAAAUAGCGAGACAAAAAUUUACCAAAAAUUGAAAAGAUUUGUGUUGCAGCCUUAUCAAAUGAAAAUAUAAAAAGUCUAAAACAAGUUUGAUCUGCAGAACAAUUUUUUCCCUGAUAAGAGGUGCAAACAAGUUUCUUUGCUGCUGUAAUAAAUACGUGUAUAGUAAGAUACCUUGAGAUUAUCGUACGGAAGUUUUUGAAAUUACCUGAUACUUUAUGUAAUUGAUUCACUCAAACGUAUCUUGUAAUCAAAUUCUGUGGCCAACAAAUGGAGGGAAUCCUGCUAGAAUUAUUAAUAAAUUAGAGCUUGCUGCUAUCACAGGUAUUUGUGAUGUUCUCAAAUAAUUUAUUCAGGCGCUGAAGACCAGGUGCAUGAGUCCAAGUGAACACUUAAUUACCUGUAUGGCAGCAGACUGGCAACAAGUGGUCUUCUGUCUUAUGUAUUUAUUUGUAUUUAGUUAUUUAUCAUUUGUCAAUUUUCAUUUUUUACCAAUUAAAUCGAGUUGCAGUCCUCAGCAGCGAUGGAACUGAAGAGAUUGUUAGAAGUUGCAUUGCAAUGUUUUUUGUUGAGAGUAUGAUUGUGACGGCGAGUUUAUUUUUAAUAUACUUUCUUUUGAUGAAAUCUUGAUGAGCAUCAAGUGUCCUAACUCGAAAGUUAAAGUGAAUUUGUCAACAGAUUGGUUACUUUCAUCAUUGAUUCGUUUUUUGAUUGCACAUUCAGUAAAAAUGACCGUAUCGGCUCAAACAACAAAUGUUUACAUACCUCACAAAAUGAGAAAGGAAAACCUGAUUAUUGUCAGCAGUGAGCCCGUUGUUUCCUGCAGUGAAUGACAAAUCUUGCCUGCGUUGCUCCAGUAUUUCUGCAAACAUGUUAUUUAUUCAUGGGAGAACCUUUGCACAAAUUUGUCUGAAAAUUUUGGUGUCUCCUUUCACAAGUGGAAAAAAAAGCCACUGGAAAUUUCAUGUAAAUUCUUAUGAGGAUUCUUCUACAAGAAAAUAAAAUAUCAGUAAAAAGUACUGAAGCAGCGCUAUUGAGAUACAUACAUUCUUUCAUGCAAGAGACGACAAAUCGUCCUUUAUAUUUUAGAGGUUGCCUUUUUCAGGCUUUUUGUGCAAUUUGAUGUGAAAGAAAAUUAAAGAAUCAGUAAAAAGUUCAAUAACUCAAAAUCUUGUCAGUCACAUGAUAUCAUUCUCAGAUUCUGCAGGAACAAAUCAAUUUUUAUGAAUGCACACCAUGGCUUUAUCAUUUUAGUCUCUUUAUCAGUGGUAAGUUUUACAACUUAGUGCCGAAUUCAUAGUGAAUGAUGUCAUUUUCAAAAUUUUUAAUUAGGUUCUCUCUCCACUAAUCUGCUAUGACAGUUCACUGUUUUGAAUAACAUUAUCAUUUUUUGCUAAUCGAAAAAAUCAACAAUCAAAAUGGCAUCUGUUGCAUGCAACUGAUCUGCUUCCCCUGUAAUCCUGAGGUAGACAUAACCUCACCAACUGCUGUACCUUCUGUCUCUAAGCUGUAAGGAAAGCUAAAUUUUUGUACAGUUAAAUUAUCCUCAAGCAUUAUAACACCACGCACUGAAUGACCCGUUGAGGUUAAAAACUUUUCAUGGACUGUUAUCAAGCUGAGCACUAACAUUCUAAUGACCGUGUUCUUUUUCUCUCAUCAAUAAAUCAGUCAUUCAGCUGGGCAUUAUUUGUCCGAAAAUGUUGAAUUUAUCGAGUGAACUCAUUUACAAUUGAAGACCAGGGUGGAUCAUACAAGCCCAAAUUUCGUCAGCUGCGAAUUCUGUGAAAAUUACCCAACAAUCAGAAUCGGUCAAAGAGCUUGAGAUACAAGGCUGCACAAUGGUCAAAAACAAAGGAUCUAUCGCAUAUUAUUUUUUCCAGAUGAACUUUCUCGACAAAGGGAAAAAAUUGUACGAAAAAGAGAAAACAUCUAUGUCUCCUUUAUUGUUAAAAAGGAGAAAUUGUUGUGCAAUUAUAGCAGUUUUGCACUCUUCAAAACCUGUGAUCCACCCGGGUCCUCAAACAUCUUUAGCACGAGUUAAGGGGCAUUGCUGAAUUGAAUCAUUUCUCAUCUCAUUACUGUCCACCAUGUUUACGAAAAAGUAAGAAUAAGAGGAACAUUUUAUUCUCUGUUAAUCUGGUAUUUCCUCUCAAAAAAUUUAAUAAGUUAAUACAAUUUUAAGAUUCAUAGCAGGUUGACUUCGUCAACGUCGAACUUAGUUUAAUCGGCAAAUAACAGAUUCAAUCUUUGAUUUUAAAAUGGAGCCCAUUUUUUCGUACGUUGCAAUGUCUGAGAGGAUCUUCUGUUUUUAAUAAUAAAAUUAAAAUUUUUACGGUUAUUAUUUUGGUCUUUGCACUUUUGUAGUUCUCAUUACAUGAUAGUCAGGAAAAUGUGAUUACUUCUCGGCAUGAAAAAGUAUGCUGAACGCUCUGGUAAUGAUCCAAUAUCUUUUCCUACAGAAAAGAGAGGUGAGAUCAAGGUAUGUUCUAAUCCAAAUUUUGUGCAGGACAUGGUGGAUUUAAAACCAUCCUCUGUUUUUUUGUUUGUUUUUUGUUUUUUUAUUUUUUGCUCAAGCCUAAGGUCACUUGACAAAAUUCCGUCUCUUUCUCUAAGCAGUCUAAAACUGCACUGUAAGCGAUUAAUGCUCUUGAAGUCAGAGCUGCUUGAACCAAAAUAAAAAUAUCCAAGUUUUUAAACAUGUUUUUAUAAUUAAAUCGAAGGAUAGAUAAGAAUAGCUCGUAAGAUGACCUGUUUAGUUUGAAUGAGUUUGUUGGCUCCAGCUUGAGUUUUUCACAGCUCUUGCGGGUUUUUUAAAGAUCCCUCCUUCUCUCAAACCUGUUUUAUAUUUUUUCUUAAUAUCCUGUCCAAUCUCCACUGUAAUUCACUUGAUGCAUUUGUAGACAUAUUUUAAAGGAUGAAAAAAAAUUUAACAUUUUA